GCAGCUCAACCACGGCACCAAACAGUUCGUUGAAGAAAGUCAAAGCGUUAAUAUCGUUUAAAACUUUACGCGUCUAAAACUCAAAAUCAAAGAAUCAACUUGAGCUUUAAUAAGCUAUCAGCAGAUCAACCCRAAACAACAAUUCAAAAAUUAUUCCACAAUACAUGUUAGCAUUGGAAAAUUUUCGAAACCGAUGUCAAAUAAACUUGUGUGUCAAUGAAUAACCGCGCAGAUACCAAAGCGAAGCUACUUAACAACCUAAGCCUUUCUAAACAUUUAUCCUCCAAGCAAGGCGGCUCACGUACCACCAACUGCGGYAAUCGCCUAGAAUUUGCGUUGCUAACGCUGCUACAGAACGUUCCUUGAAUCAAACGCCACCCAGCACUCCCC